AUGGCAGGAAUCAUGUACAGACAAUACGCAGGCGAAUCCGACCUACCACACAUAAUGUCCUUGGUGCAGAACGAGCUCAGCGAGCCCUACGUUGUCUACACUUAUCGGUAUUUCCUUCAUCAGUGGUUAGUUCCGCCCCAUCUUGCGUUUCUGGCGUUUCCCACCGACCAUGGCCACUCGGACCCAGUGGGCGUGAUAGUGUGCAAGCAGAGCAUGCACCGGAAUCUCUCGAACCGGGGGUAUAUAGCGAUGCUCAGCGUCUCGAAGGACUGGCGUAAGCGUGGUAUUGCUAGCGCACUCGUCACAAACUCUGUCGAAGCGAUGAAGAUGGAUGGCGUGGAUGAGGUCGUCCUUGAGACAGAAUACGAUAACAACGCUGCUCUAUCGCUCUACGAGUCUCUCGGAUUCAUACGCGAAAAGCGGCUCUAUCGAUUCUACCUCAAUGGCAAGGAUGCCUUCCGCCUCGUCCUGUCGGUCCCCCCGUCCUCUGAGAACUCCUCCGAUACCCAAUCCGACGAUACCGACAACCUCUCAGCAUCCACUCGAAGCAGCGUGUCGUCGCGACGCAGGCCUCCCCCCUACCGCGCGAUCAGGAUAUCUCCGUACUCCGAUGAUGAAGACGACUACGUGUCUUCGCGCUGA